UAACGAUAACACUUGCUCACUGCAACUGCAAGGGCGCCAAACAGAGAUAGGCAAAACUGCUUCGAGAAUGACGAUUGCUCCUUCCUUGUUGUCAUCAUCUUCCUCAGCCUCUCAAUUCCUCCCUAGAUUCCCAACCGCCGCUAGGUUCAAUGUAGCCGCUUCAAGGAGCAGAGCCGUCACCGUCGUCGCUGCAUCCGUCACCGACCUAUCCAGCGUUGACAGCACGACCAUCGCCGUACUCGGAGGCGGAUCAGUCGCAGCUCUGGCGACGAUCGUUUCCUUGACGGACCCGGAGAGAAGGCGGAAACUGCAGGCGGAAGAAGUCGGAGGAGGCGACAAGGAGGUGGUGAGGGAGUAUUUCAACAGCACGGGGUUCGAGCGGUGGAGGAAGAUCUACGGCGAGACUGACGAAGUGAACCGCGUUCAGAAGGAUAUACGAAUCGGCCACGCCAAAACGGUUGAGAAAACGAUGCUCAUGCUGACGGAAGAAGGUUCGUUAGCCGGCGUAACGGUCUGCGACGCUGGCUGCGGAACAGGUCUGCUCUCGAUUCCACUUGCUAAGGAAGGUGCGAUCGUCUCCGCUAGCGAUAUCUCUGCAGCUAUGGUCGCCGAAGCUGAGAUGAAGGCAAAGCAGCAGUUAGCAUCAGAGAAUCUGCCGAGAUUUGAAGUGAAUGAUUUAGAGAGCCUAAGUGGGAAGUAUAACACAGUUGUAUGCCUAGACGUGCUCAUACAUUACCCUCAGAGCAAAGCAGACGGGAUGAUCGCACACCUCGCUUCGUUAGCUGAGAAGAGAGUGAUUCUGAGUUUUGCACCAAAGACGUUCUAUUACGAUAUCUUGAAGAGGAUUGGAGAGCUUUUCCCAGGUCCUUCAAAGGCUACAAGGGCGUAUCUACACUCGGAGGCUGAUGUUGAAAAUGCUUUGCGUAAGGUUGGGUGGAGAAUUAGCAAGAGAGGACUCAUUACCACCCAGUUCUACUUCUCUAGGCUUAUCGAAGCAGUUCCAAUGUAGAGCAUUUUUGAAAGAAAAAAAAAACAUUCUUAUUCAUCUGUUGCCUGUUGGUUAUUCCUUAGCCGUGAGUACGAACUAUGCCCUCUAUGCAAAGCUCACUGAGGGUGGUGUCUACAAACAUGUACUUCUUCAGGACUCGGUUCAUAGUUCUAUAGCUCUUCACUGUUUAAUGUUAUCAAAUGUAAAAUGUAACUUUACUAUAUGAUCAGUUUUCUUGUCAGAAGAUUUGGUACAAUCA